CCAGACUGCUUCAGUGGACCAGAGGAGGUCGCAGCCCUACUUGACGCCUGCGCUUGGCCAGCCAAAUAAUCCCCGAUGGAUCUCGGUUGUUUCACGGCGGCGCAGCGGCUUUCGUGCCACGCCACGAAGGCGGAUGUAUGUCCCCCGGCGACGGAGCGCGCGUCCCCGCCGCAGCGAGCCCCUGCCCCUGCUCCUGCUUCUGCUCCGGCGGCGAAAAGCGGAAGGAGUAAAUGUGAACAAGGCAGGCCGGAGCUGGCACAGGUGGUGACCGACUCCAGGACGGGACGCUCCUACUGUAAAGGCAAGCUUCUCGGCAAGGGUGGUUUCGCCCGAUGCUACGAGAUGACGGACCUGUCGAGCAACAAAAUGUACGCGGUGAAGGUGAUCCCGCAGAGCAGGGUGUCCAAGCCGCACCAGAGAGAAAAGAUCACCAACGAGAUCGAGCUGCACAGAACUCUGUCGCACAAGCACGUGGUCAAGUUCUCGCACCAUUUCGAAGACCAGGACAACAUCUACAUCUUCCUGGAGCUGUGCAGUCGCAAGUCUUUGGCGCACAUCUGGAAGGCCAGACACACGCUGACGGAACCCGAGGUGCGGUAUUACCUCCGGCAGAUCGUGUCCGGCCUCAAGUACCUUCACAGUCGAGGCAUCCUGCACAGAGAUCUCAAACUAGGCAACUUCUUUGUGAAUGAAAACAUGGACCUGCGACUGGGGGACUUCGGUCUCGCUGCCAAGCUGGAGACGGUUGAGCAGAGGAAAAAGACCAUCUGUGGGACCCCCAACUACUUGGCCCCCGAGGUGCUGAACAGGCAGGGCCACGGCACCGAGUCGGACGUUUGGUCCCUGGGUUGUGUUAUGUACACGCUGAUGUGCGGCAACCCCCCCUUCGAGACUCUUGACCUCAAAGAGACCUACAAGUGUAUAAAGGAAGUGCGCUACAACCUGCCCUCGGCGCUCUCGCCUGCCGCGCAGAAGCUCAUCUCCAGCAUCCUGCAGAAAAACCCUCACGACAGACUCACCUUGGAUCAAAUCCUCAACCAUGAAUUCUUCACCAAAGGUUUCACCCCAGACAAACUUCCCCCCAGCAGCUGCACGAGCAUCCCCGAGCUGCAUCCUCCCAGCCCUGCCAAGAAGUUCUUCACCAAAAUGGCCAAGAGUCUCUUCGGCAAGAAGAAAGCAAAAGUGGAGAAGACUCAGUGCGAGGAGAAGGAAGACAAGGACAUUUCUAAGCUGGUUUCUGGUAUCGUCAAAUGUUCCAUCAGCCGGCAGAUCAGCUACAAAACAGUGGGGCUAAAUGAGGUAGCCUCACCCAACGGUCAGCUGGUCAGUUCUGUGCCUCUGGAGCAGACUCCCGCCGAGGAGGAGUCCAGGAAGUCCAUCUCGCGCUCCUUUAAGGGCACGAUGGCGAGCAGCUCUGAACCGUGUGAAGAUGUCCUCACGCCUGCUGCCGUGUCUGAAUGUGCCAUGAAAAUCCUUAAUGGCUGCUUGGCCGCCAUGCCUGCAGCUGCCAAGAAUCCACCCUGCCUGUCCAGGCCGCAGUCCUUCCUGUGGGUAACCAAGUGGGUCGACUACUCCAACAAAUAUGGUUUUGGCUACCAGCUGUCUGACCAAAACAUUGGUGUGCUCUUCAACGAGGGAACACACCUCAGCCUCUGUGACCAACGCAAGACUGUGCACUACUGCUUGACCAACAAUAAGCACUUUAGUUUCCCUGCCAGCUCUCUACCCGAGCAGCUUCGCAGCCAGAAACAAAUAGUAGAGCUCAUGGCCAACUACAUGGAACAGAAUCUCAUGGAGGGUGGAGAUCUGCACUGUCGGGAUGAAGUUGCAGGUCCUCCUCCUCUGCUGCUGCAAUGGGUGAAGACUGACCACGCACUUGUGAUGCUCUUCAACAACGGCACUUUGCAGGUGAACUUCUACACGGACCACACCAAGAUCAUCCUGUGCAAGUCUUCGGACGCCUCCUACCUGCUGACCUACAUCAGCCGCGAGCGCGUCUCCUACACGUACGCCCUCGGCGCGCUGAGCCAGGCGGGCUGCACCUCGGAGCUGCGACACCGCCUCAGGUACGUGGUGCAUCUCCUGCAGCACCACGCCGACGCCUGAGCGCUCCGUCGUCCUCCCGAGUGUCCGCCCCCUCCCCCGUGCGCCAACGACCAUCUCGUCCUCUGAUUGUUUCGCCGUGCCAAAACUCUCCGGAGCAAUAUCCCCCUCCCCCGCCUGGACCGGUGCUGAGGCAGCUGAUGAUGCCGUUGAUGUGAUGAAGUUGCCAGAUGACGCAUUUUAGCCUCUUAAGGCUUUGUGCCUGUCCAGCCUUUGCCUCAAAGGUGCUCUUGGAAGGACGUGAUGAUGGAUCCCCUCACAUGUAGAUGCCUCAAAAACCACAAGCAUUCAGCUUCUCCUCAUAGCUUCCAUUAGUGCCAGGUGUGUGUCUCUAUUGUCACCAAACAUACGUUGUUUUGAGUGACCUUGCAGCACAGAACUUUGUAGGGAAUGACUGACCCUCCUGACCUCUGUGUUCAUCUUGUUGAAAGCAGAAGAUGCGAGCCAGCGUUGGGAUCUUUACCUCACAUGCACACUCCACAUUCCUGGCCAUAUUUUGGUGAGGAUCAGAGAAAGCCUUUGCUUCUUCGGCCCUUAUCGACAUUUUUUUCUUUGGUGCGUUCACUGACCUAAGGGGCUAUGGGAGCAACACAAUACACUGUUAGAAAAGCAACCGUCUUAGAUUAUUUUUUUUAUUUUUUUUUUAUACCAUCACCUGUUUUUUGUUUUUAAAUGAAUACCAAAAGCAUUUUUAAAGUUUUAGACUCACGUGAGGUGACUGUGGGUCUGGAAAGGAGGGAAGGGAGGGGGUGAAAAGUGCCUUUUGGAGGGAUGUCUGUAAAGUGCAAUAACCCUUUUUUUUUUUUUUUUUUUUUUUUUUUUGGUUUGAAUGUCCAGCUGACAGAUUUAACGGUUGGAUGUACUUUUGCGCUUUUGCCGAAGUUCAAAAGCGCGUCCAACAGCACUACACUCACUACCCGGUGUAUUAAGCUUUUAAAAUGGUGGAUGUAAUAUUUAGGGUGGAAAAAGAAAACCUUGUACUCGAUGUCUUUAGCGGUUCGCAGUGCUUUUCUCCACCCAGAAGUUGUAUCCUGAAAACUGUGACCUGGAAUGCAAGUGUGGUGUACACGUGUUGUUUGCAAAAACAUUGUGAAAGCCAUCUGCCGAUUUAGACAAAUUCUUUAUUUUCUUGGCACAUAAUGUCUUGUUAAUUUAAUUUUUUUUAUUUAUUCUUUUUUUUUUUUAUUUAUUGUGUAAAUGUUGGUCUUGACACAAAGAAAUGUUAAAUUCCACUCACUUUUUGUAUGCAUUGUACGGGGGGAACGGGACAAAAAUAAAGUUUAUUGAAAAGAGCCUUGGUUUGAUCCUGUUAAACAUUAUUAUUAUUAUUAUUAUUAUUAGUAGUAGUAAUUUGAUUUGCUUUGGCCCUCAAUCACAAUUGGAUGUGGUCUUCAAUAUACAGUAUGUGAGACACAUUUUGACCAGAACUUCAUUUAAAGAAAGAAUAAGUGCGCUUUUUAAAAUGCUGUAACAUAAGAUGCAGUCGACAGCGGAAAUGGAUAUUUCAUCAACAUCCGGUUUCCGUUUCUAUUUAAAACCACUGAAUUGUCGGUGCAUCAAUUGUCAAUAGUGC